CUGUUAUAGGUGAAAAUGGUGGACCGACAUCAUAUUGAACCCUACGGAUUUGGAAUGGGAUGUCACUUAAAAUCAUAUGUGGGUCAAGGCAGGGUCACUCCCCCAAGGCGGUGCUCUGGUACAGCUAUGAGCAUCAUGUGUUCAUUUGCCCUGAGAUCCAGUUCAAGCUCAGCUGCAGGAGUUAUCCGCGCAUCGUCAUCUAUGAUUGUGCUCAGGAUAAGAAACGCGCACAAAAGAAUAUGUGCGCUCAUUUGCCUUUCUGUUGCUGUUGUCAUCACAUACAGAUACCUAGGCAUACCGAGAGGGGGGCAGAGAAUAAGCCGGAAAGUCGGACUGAGUGCCAACUCGUCCCAGUUCACCUUGGAGGGUGAGCCCUUCCGUAUCCUCGGAGGAUCCAUCCACUAUUUUCGUGUGCCCAGGGCCUACUGGAGGGACCGCCUGAUGAAAAUGAAGGCCUGUGGCAUAAACACCCUCACCACAUACGUACCGUGGAGUCUGCAUCAGCCCCAGAGAGGGCUCUUCAACUUCCACACACAGCUGGAUUUAGAAGCUUAUAUCCAUCUUGCAGCUGAACUGGGUUUGUGGGUGAUUUUACGUCCAGGGCCGUACAUCUCCUCUGAACUGGACCUAGGGGGGCUGCCGAGCUGGCUUCUCCAAGAUGACGACAUGAGAGUGAGAACAACAUACCCUGGAUUCACUGAGGCUGUCAACAUUUUUUUUGACAAACUUAUUCCAAAAGUUGUUCCUUUGCAGUUUAAGAAAGGUGGUCCCAUUAUCGCUGUCCAGGUUGAAAACGAAUAUGGGUCUUUUGCUAAGGAUGAUGCUUACAUGCCAUUUAUUAAAGCGGCUUUGCAGUCUCGAGGGAUCCGUGAGUUACUGCUCACAUCAGACAACCGCAACACAUUAAAGUCAGGGGGUGUAGACGGAGCCAUGCGAUCAUUGAAGUUGCAGAAGCUAAAUCAGAGAGACAUUCAGGAUCUGACCAUAAUCCAGCCAAACGGACCAAUUAUGGUGAUGGACUACUGGACAGGCUGGUACGAUGUGUGGGGUGACCUCCACCACGUGCUCCCCCCAGAGGAUAUGGUGUCUAGUGUUAGAGAGAUUCUGAGGCGUGGGAUGUCUGUCAACCUCUACAUGUUCCACGGAGGUUCCAGUUUUGGUUUCAUUAGCGGAGGACUAGCUGAACCUUCCUACAAAGCAUUGGUCCCCAGUUACGAUUAUGACGCUCCCUUGUCAGAAGCUGGAGAGUACACUCAGAAAUAUCAUCUCCUCAGAGAUCUGUUCUCUCAAUUCAACAGAGGCCAAGGGUUCCCCGACAUGCCAGUGCUACAACAUAAGGAAGCGUAUGAACCAGCUAUCAUGUACCAGCACUUGUCUUUAUGGGAUGCUUUGAGCUUUACUGAGGGACCGUUUAAGUCAGACAUGCCGGUUAACAUGGAGAAACUACCAAUGAACAACAGGAAUGGACAGUCCCAUGGAUACACACUGUAUGAGACAACAAUCACCAGUGGAGGCUUUUUGACAUCAGGAGACAAUGUUAAAGACCGUGCCCUUGUUUUUGUAAACAAAAGUUACAUUGGGCUUUUCAAGCGCCAAAAUCUGGAGCUGGCGGUUCCACAUGGCAAGGGACCGCGGACUUUGAGUUUAUUGGUGGAAAACUGUGGACGAGUUCACCGGGGAAGGGAUCUCGACAAACAACGUAAAGGUCUUGUCGGAGACAUUUUAUUAAACAAUAAUCCACUACGGGAAUUCACAAUAUACAGCUUGGAAAUGAAACCCAGCUUCAUUUAUAAUCUCUAUCAGGCCCCUUGGAAAACGCUUUCUGAACCUCUCAGUUUCCCUUCGUUUUUCAUGGGCCAUCUCUUUGUAUACGGCUAUCCCAGCGAUACAUUUGUGAAGCUGCCAGGUUGGGACAAAGGUGUUGUGUUUAUCAAUGGGAUAAACUUGGGACGCUAUUGGUCCAUUGGACCGCAACAGACUCUCUACCUCCCUGGUCCAUUUCUCAACAGGGGUAUCAACCAGAUCAUUGUGUUUGAGGAGCAAGAAGGUGACAACAAGGUCAACUUUGAGGACACAGCCGAUCUUGGCAUGGCAGCAGACAUCCAGUGACUCAUCAUUUCCUCUGUCUUCGAUGCUAUUCCACCCCAGUAUCGGGAUGAGCUCCAGCUGCAGUUCCUGGAUGACAAAGGCAUUUAUGUUAUUGACUGGUCCGCUCAUUCUUCUGAUCUGAAUCCAUCGAGCACCUCUGGCACAUCAUGGACCGUUAAAUCCACCGUUACAUCACAUCGCAGAGUGUCCAGGAGCUAAGUGAGGUCUUGGAGGAGAUGCCCCAGGAGACCAUCUGCCAUCUCAUCUGGAGGAAAUUAACAGAAUUAGAUGUUGAUGACUCUCUGAUCUUACUUUAAACGACACAGAAUAUGAUGUUAAAAUAAAUAAAUGUUAAAUAAAUGAAUAAAUGUUCAUAUGUCAUUUAUUGAUAAGUA